GAUUUGAUGAAAUCAUUACAAAAUUUAACAAUAUAGAGUUGUGGAUGCUGCCUCCCCUGCAAUGAAUUCCAGUUGUGAAAGAAAUCUAGAGGGGGGUUUGUAAAAAUAACCCAAAAAAAUGGACAGGGCAAAGUGGGUCUAUUGAUGAUAUUGGGGGAUGAGAAAAAAAACUCAAAAAUGGGGGAAAGCCCGAGUGGCGAGAGAGAGAGAAAAAGGGCGAGAAGAAACGGUUUUGGUGAGAGAAAAGGCGAGUACUUGUAGAUGGGUAUGCCAUUUGUUGUACUUGGGGGUACUGUUCCGUUUCUCAAAGAUAUCUUGCGUUCUUGGCUUGGUGACCAACCGUGAAGAAGCUACUGUUGCUGGUGAUGAUUCGCUGCGGAAAAGCUGUUCCGAUUCUCAUUCUCCCUCAGAUUUCUUCCAUACCUAUUACCAUUCCGCAAUCUCUUAACCCUAAUCCGUUUCCUGGUUUUUUAUUCCAUUUGCAUGUUGGUGGCAAAUGCGCACUGCGUUGAUGGGUUUUUGUUUGUGGGUUUGUUGUUGUUGUUGUUGUUGUUUUAAUUUAGCUGGAAAUGAAUGAAUGUGGUUUCCGCGUGCUGUGUGACGGAGUUGGAUGCGUUUCGAGAUGGAAGGAGGGAGAGAGGCGAUGUUCUUGCGGUUUCUGACAAUUGGCCUUAUGGGAUUUCUGCAAAUAGGUCCUUCCUUCUGAAAUAGUGUAUGCGCGGGGUGGAUAAGUGAGGGUUGGUAGCUUAAGAAGGAUUCUGAUCCAUACUUAUGGAUUUCCAGGACGACGACUUUGAGGGAUCUGCAAAUGAACACAUUAUUUUUAAGGAGGUUUUCUUUGGGAAUAGCUCUAGCCAUUUUAAUAAGAAGUGUCCUUGUAAGGCAUUUAGUUACGAACAUGAAUCCUGUAAGAUUAAUGAUGCAUCUUUAUGCUCAAGUAGUAAAUUCUCAACAGUGUGUAGCCAUUCAUACUCAAGAAAUAUAAAGCCCGAUGAAUGUUACAGUGCUAUUGAAAAUAAUAGAAGUGGUUCUGUACGAAACAGUUUGCAAUGCAAAUGCACUUCAGUGGAAGACAAAAAUGAGAAUGCAAGUGUAAAGCGAAUAAAACUUUCAACUGAUGAAGAUGAACCUUCGGAUUCUAUACCUGAUCUAGGUAAAGUUAUGAACUCAUCAGAAAUAAUAAGAGAACCUGCUUCUGCGGGUUGCUGUCCAGCCGAGGACUGUGAUUGUGAAUCAUUCACUUUCCACAUUGUAGAAUCAUCUAGCCAGGGUAUCAUAUCAAGUUGCUAUUUGUUAAAGAACCUUGUAGAAAUGGACAGUAAUGUGGGUGAUCCUCAUGUAUCAAAAUGCACAACGUUAAAUUUAGAAGGUAAUGAUGAAUCCAAUAUGGUUGUUAAUAAAGUUGGUGCUUCAUCUGUUUCCCAAGAGAGCUCCAUGACCAGGCUGUUGGUAGCAAGUCCUUCUGUCACACUUGAUGAGAAGUUUGGAUCUCCAUUACAUCUGGAUGUAGGACAAACGAGAUUUCAAUGUCCAGAACUGGACACUUCCUUGAAGACAGAUUUGGUAAGGGAUCCCCGUCCUCUUCUCCACUAUCAUGUUGUUCACUUAUUUAUUGCAGCCGGAUGGUCUAUUGAAAGACGCAAAAGACCUUGUAGACGCUAUUUGGAAACAGUUUAUAGAUCACCCCAGGGGAGGGUCAUUCGUGAAUUUUCCAAGGCUUGGAGGAUUUGUGGCGAACUCCUAUUUGCUAACAGAUGUAGUUUUGUAAAGGAAGUUGACAGCAAGGAAUGGACUGGCAUUCAUCAAUUCUUAUUUGAUCUUUCUGACACACUGUUACAGGUUGGGAAGGAAAUGAAUAAUUUAGGAGCUACAACUAUGUUGGCACACUGCUGGGUCAUUCUAGAUCCUUAUGUGGUGGUUGUGUUCAUUGACAGAAAGAUUGGUACACUUAGGAAGGGAGAUGUAGUUAGAGCUACCCGUAGUAUUGGGAUUAAUGGGAGCAAUAAGACUGAUACUUUCGUGACCUUAACAAAUGCAGAUAGUAUGUGCAACACAUUUGCCAACAAAAAUACAUCACCACUCCAUGAUCAUUCACCAUCUGCCAAGAGUGCGUUGACAGAGACUGUGUUGAAAGAUCUUGAUGGGGGCUAUUCUGCUUUUGAUGAGCAAACCUGUGAUACAAGUUUCUCCAAUUAUUAUGGCCAUACAGAAGAAGGAACAGUGAACUUUUCUACAAGGGUGUGUGAUUAUGUCCCCAAUGUAGGGACUGGUCCCGAUUGCAUGGGCAGUCAUUGUAAUGAACUUGGGAAGAAGAUAGACAGCAAGGACUUAGCAUCAUUACCUGCUUAUUUAUCAGGUUCCACUUGCAAACAUAGAUGUUUGCCUGAUGGUGUUCCGUCUGGAAAUUCAGAUAAUGUUGUCAGAGUUUCUUGCCCUGUAUCUCCUGAUCAGGAUAGCACUUUGUAUUGUUCGGAUGAACAGAGCUCUGAAAAUCAAGUUGAAAAACCUAAUGAAAUGGAUAAAAAUGUACUUAUGAGUUCCCUAGGAGAAGAGUUACAAGUGGAAGUCCCCCUUAAUGAUAAGGUGGAAAACAAUCUGGAUGAAUCUCUGAAUGAUUGUCAAAACUAUACUACAAGCGAUGAUUUAUCUCAUUCUUGUGCCUCUGGAGUUGUACAGAAGUCUACACAAAAUGAAGAAGAAGGUGGGCUGCUCUUUGCAGCUUCAAAGUUAGAAACAGAGAAUAAAGUUUCUGCUGCACAUUCUAUUUUGAAGAAGAAAUGGCGUCGGAAGUGUAAAAGGAUAUCUGAAAUUAAUCCUACCGUGCCACCUCAGAUUGACAUUGUAAAUGUGACUCCAGGAAAGAAAACUAAGUUGUGGGAUAUUGAUGGGAAUUGUUCUCAGUUGGAUAUGAUAGAAGAUCAGAAGUCCCAAAUAGCUGAUACUAAAAACAAGGACAUUCACGAGAAGAGCUUGUCGCUCAGUCCUAUGUCAUGCUAUUCCGAGAGAAAAGGUUCAAAGUUCAAAAAGAUUUAUGACAGUCUUAGGGGUUCAAAAACCAGAAAGAAGAAAUUGGGUGAAUGUCAAAUUGAGGAUGAUGACCUAUUAGUUUCAGCCAUAAUUAGAAACAAAGAUUUCGGUUCAAGUACUGCUGGUUUUUCCCCUGUAAGAAAAUUUUUAAAAUCUAGAGCAAAAAGGGACCGCAAAAGUCAAAAGAGUAGUUGUAAGCUACUCUUAAGAAGCUUGGGUAAUGGGGAAAAGAGUUAUAAAGAUGGGAAGUGGUAUAACAUUGGGGCUAGAACAGUAUUGUCAUGGUUGCUAGAUGCUGGGGUUAUAUCCUCUAAUGAUAUAAUCCAAUAUCAAAAUCCCAAGGAUGAUAGUGUAGUUAAAUAUGGUAGGAUCACUGGAGAUGGCAUCAUCUGCAAUUGCUGCAGCGAGCUACUCACGAUUUCUGAAUUUAAAAGUCACUCGGGGUUCAAAUUUAGUCGCCCUUGUUUGAAUCUUUUCUUGGACUCUGGGAAGCCUUUCAUGUUAUGCCAGCUUCAAGCAUGGUCUACGGAGUAUAAGACAAGGAGAAGUAGGACUGGAACAGUUCAAGUUGAUGAAGAUGAUCGAAAUGAUGAUUCAUGUGGUGUUUGUGGUGACGGGGGAGAGCUAAUAUGCUGUGAUAAUUGCCCCUCUACAUUCCAUCAUUCUUGUUUGUCCAUUCAGGAGCUCCCUGAAGGCAACUGGUAUUGCUUAAACUGUACUUGCCGGAUUUGUGGUGGUCUGGUGGAUUAUGAAGAGGCUUCAAGUUCUUCUGAUGCACUAAAAUGUUCUCAGUGCGAGCAAAAGUAUCAUGGGCGAUGCUUGAAGCAAAAAGACAUUGAUCCUGGAGUAGAAUCUCAUAUUUGGUUUUGUAGUGGCAGCUGUCAGAAGGUUUACGCAGGUCUUCAAUCACUACUUGGAUUGAUUAAUCAGUUUCCAGAUGGAUAUUCAUGGAUGCUUCUUAGAUGCAUUCAUAAUGACCAGAAAGUUCUAUCUACCCAACGCUUAGCUAUGAUGGCAGAAUGCAAUUCCAGAUUAGUAGUGGCUCUAACUAUCAUGGAGGAAUGCUUUUUGUCCAUGGUAGAUCCGAGAACAGGAAUUGAUAUGAUACCACAUCUGGUGUACAGCUGGAAGUCAAAUUUUCCUCGUCUGGACUUUCAUGGUUUUUACACAGUGAUACUAGAGAAAGAUGAUGUGCUGCUAUGUGUAGCAUCUAUCAGGGUACAUGGAUCAGAAUUAGCUGAGAUGCCUCUUAUUGCAACUUGCAGUAAAUAUCGUCGCCAGGGAAUGUGUAGGCGUCUGCUGAAUGCUAUUGAAGAGAUGCUACUGUCUUUUAAGGUGAAAAAGCUUGUGAUUGCUGCAAUUCCUACUCUGGUGGAGACAUGGACUGAAGGUUUUGGCUUCAUACCUGUGGAAGAUGAUGAGAAAAAAAGUCUUCACAGGUUCAACUUGAUGGUGUUUCCUGGAACGAUACUACUAAAAAAAGCCUUGUAUUCAAGUGGUCAAAAUACAGAGAAGACAGAAGGAACUCAAUCGGUAGAAGAAUUCGAUGCCGAGUCAAAACAACAUUGCGACGGGCACUCUUGUCCCGACAAAGCAUGUCCUAGAAUGGAAAUGCAAUGUUCGAAAUAUGAAGAAUUGCCAGAACACAAUGAUCAAAAGACAGGAAAUCCAGCUCCAAUCAAUUCAUCGUCACAGUUGGAUGAAUCAAAUGGUGUGGAUGAUACUCCAGAACAGAAGUCUGUUAAGUCAGUAAUACAAUCUGAUGGAAACUUCACUGACAAAGUUGGUGCCACAACUGAAACCAGCACCCAAGAAGGGAAAGAGUUGUUAGAAGUAGACGUUGGUGCGGAAUGUGACAUCCAGCUUUCAGAAGGAGACUUGUAGAACCUGUACAGCAGCAGUUCAACAGAACCUGUUGUUCUAACUUAGGUAAAUGCAGAGGCAGAAAUGGAAGUUUAGAGAGGGUGAGUAGGAUUAAAGAGGAGUCGUCCGGGGGAAAUGAGUUUACAGGACCAUUUUUCAAAGCUGUCCCGUGAACAUGAAUUUCCAACGCUAGUAGGGAAUGACCAAGUUUCAGGUUAAAAGAUGGUACUUUUUGAAAUGUAGGAUCCGCAGGUAUUAUGUGUAUGUAUGAUGAAGCAUAUCCUUUUGUAGCCUGAAAACAGCUUCAUUGUUGAAUGAAAAGUUGAAAUCUGAUCCUAUAUAAACAAACCUGUUUUUCAUGCA